AUCCACUCGGACUCAGAUGAGGGGGACGGCUCCAUCAAGUACACUAUCUCCGGGGAGGGCGCAGGGACUAUCUUCCUCAUCGAUGAGAUCACAGGUGACAUCCAUGCCACCGAGCGCCUGGACCGUGAGCAGAAAACCUUCUACACGCUGCGGGCUCAGGCCCGUGACCGGCAGACAGACCAGCUGCUGGAGCCUGAGUCAGAGUUCAUCAUCAAGGUGCAGGACAUCAACGACAGCGAGCCACGCUUCCUGGAGGGGCCCUACAUCGGCAGCGUGGCUGAGCUGUCCCCCAUCGGCACCUCUGUGAUGCAGGUGAUGGCAUCUGAUGCUGAUGACCCCACAUACGGGAGCAGUGCCCGAGUAGUCUACAGUGUGCUGGAGGGCGAGCAGCACUUUACUGUGGACAGUAAAACAGGUGUGAUCCGGACAGCCGUGGCCGACCUGGACCGUGAGACGCAGGACCGGUAUGAGGUGGUGAUCCGUGCAACGGACAUGGCAGGACAGCUGGGUGGCCUGUCUGGAUCCACCACGGUCACCAUCGUGGUCACCGAUGUCAAUGACAACCCACCACGCUUCCCUCAGAAGAUGUACCAGUUCAGCAUUGUUGAAACUGCCCCUGUGGGCACUGCCAUCGGGAGGGUGAAGGCAGAGGAUUCUGAUGUCGGGGAGAACACGGACAUGAUGUAUCAGGUGAAGGAUGAGGAAGGGGUGGAGAUGUUCAAAGUCACCACGGACAGCAAUACCCAAGAGGCUGUCAUCACGGUACAGAAGCCUCUUGACUACGAGUCAAAAAAAGUGCAUACUGUCGUGGUGGAGGCCCUCAACAAGUUUGUGGACCCACGGUUUGUGGACCUGGGCACCUUCCGGGACCAGACCAUCGUGCGGGUUUCGGUGCUGGAUGUUGAUGAGCCCCCCGAGUUCCGGCCCCAUUCCAACCUGAUGGAGGUCCAGGAGGACGCACACAUUGGAUCUGUCGUGGGGGUGGUCACCGCCCUUGACCCGGACACAGCGAACCAUCCUGUCCGGUACGCCAUCGACCGCAGCACAGAUGCAGAGAGGAUCUUUGACAUCGAUGCCAACACAGGUGCCAUUGUGACAGGAAAGGUCCUGGACCGGGAGACAGCAGGGUGGCACAACAUCACUGUCCUGGCGAUGGAAGCAGAUAAUCACUCACAGGUGUCGAGAGCCUCUCUCCGUAUCCGUAUCCUGGAUGUGAAUGACAAUCCGCCUGAGCUCGCCACCCCCUAUGAAGCUGCUGUGUGUGAGGAUGCCAAGCCAGGCCAGCUGAUCCAGACAAUAAGUGUUGUGGACCGUGAUGAGCCUCAGAGUGGCCAUCGUUUCUACUUCACACUGGCACCUGAAGCCACCAACAACCACCAUUUUUCUCUGCUGGAUGUUAAGGACAACACAGCUGCGGUGCACACGCAGAGAAUGGGCUUCAAUCGCCAGGAGCAGGAUGUGUACUUGCUCCCCAUUUUGGUGGUAGACAGCGGCCCCCCAGCCCUCAGCAGCACAGGGACUCUGACCAUCCGCGUCUGUGUGGGAGCCAUCCAGUCCUGCAACAGCACAGCCUACGUCGUGUCAGCUACGCUGAGCCCUGGUGCCCUCAUUGCGCUUCUGGUGUGCAUCCUCAUUCUGGUUGUGCUGGUCCUUCUGAUCCUCACGCUGAAGCGACACCACAAAAGCCACCUGACAUCCGAGGAUGACGAGGACAUGAGGGAUAAUGUCAUCAAAUACAAUGAUGAAGGAGGUGGCGAGCAGGACACAGAGGCCUAUGACAUGUCAGCCCUGCGCAGUCUCUACGACUUCAGUGAGAUCAAAGGCGGUGAUGGAAGUGGGGCACUGGGGGAGGGGGGCCCGAGCAGAAACCCGUCCUCCGAGCUCCACGCCCUCCCGCAGUGGAUGCAGAGCCCAGACCUGGACUUCUCUGUGUUCAGAGACUAUAUCUGCAGGAAGGUGGAGCAGGCGGACGUGGACCUCUCUGUGCCGCCCUACGACUCGUUCCAGACCUACGCCUUCGAGGGCUCGGACUCCCCCGUGCCCUCCCUGAGCUCCAUCAACACCUGGUCCAGCGGCUCGGAGCAGGACUUCUCCUACCUGGGGGGCUGGGGGCCGCGUUUCCGGCAGCUGGCAGCACUCUACGCUGGGCGCAGGGGCGAGGAGGGCAGCGAGGAUUCCUAG